AGAAAAAGACCUGGCAAUAUAAAAGCUGCAACUUAGAUAAUCUUAAUAAUCUCAUUUUAAAUCAAAACUGGCAUGAUAUUAUUGCCACGGGAACAGUUAAUGCCUCAACUCAAGCUGUCACUAACAAACUGACAUCUAUUUUUAAUGAUAAUAUACCAUUUAAAACUAAAAUUUCAAAAUCAAAUGAUAUGCCAUGGUUCGAUAACGAAAUUAAGAUGGAGUUAAACAAAAGAGAUAAAUUAUAUAAAAAGUUCAAACGAAAUAAUACAGAAAUAAAUAAAACAAACUACAAGGACCAAGUAAAAAUUGUAGAACAAAAGGUAAAAUUACUUAAAGACAAUUAUGAAAAUAAGAUUUGUGAUGACCUUCAAUCCUUUUCUUCUGGCAGUAAAUUUUAUUGGCAAGCUAUCAAAAAACUCCUUGGUACUAGAUUCACUCCAAGCAUUCCAACUUUGUUUAGCUCUGAUCUGACACGAGUAUUUUCAACCGACAAAGAUAAGGCGACUGAAUUGUUAAACCAUUUUACCAGUAAAUUCCACCACGAUUUUGAUUUUGACCAAAGGGACCUGCCUACUCUCCAAAUGCGAACGAACAAAAUUUUGACCAAUAUUUCAACAAACAGAGAGGAAGUUAGAACUCUCUU